AUGGGGACGUCGAGGAGUCGAAAUCUUUUAUUGGUAAGCCUUCAUCACCUAUAUUUUACAAUUAUCACCCGUUUUCAGCUCUUUUUGUUCACCCUCUUCUCCUUCGCCCAUUCCGGCUUCUCUUCCGCGCCAGUUUAUGGGCCAGCCGUUGCGCCACAAGCUCCGAUCUCAUACAAUCUUCAGCCUCAAGUCUAUCAGCCUCCCUUCUCGCCCGCCGGCUACGGUCCGGCGCUUCCUCAAAUCGUCCAGCCCUAUGGCCAAGGCGCGGCGCUUGGGCAGCCUGCGCUGAAUGGCGGCGCAAACUUUGUUGGCUCUAGCGUCGGAGUCGGCGGAGUCACUGACUCCGCGCUGGCGGGAGGCAUUCCCGGAGGGCCGGGGAUCCGAUUCCGAAUCAAUAAGUCCGGGUUCCGCUACGCCGGAGAGAUGGUGGCGCCGAUUUUGAGCAACCAAAUCCGCAACGCCAGGAUCCCAAGUAUUCAUCAGUGCUUGCCGCAGGUCGAUGGAUGCCUGAGGGUGGAUAAUAUUGUGAUCUCGAACUAUCAAUGUCCGGAGAGGAUCCAGAUUAGGCCUUCGCCACCGAAUCAAGUCUUGAUCGUUGUGAAAAACGCGAAUUUCCAGUAAGUGCUGGAAAUUUGCUUUUUUUAAAUGUCAGUUUGUCGGAAAAAUAAUGAGCACUCCGCCGAUAUCGAGGGUGGGAAAAAGCUCAAACCUGUAGAACACAUGUCUAUGCAUUUUAUGAAAAUGCUGAUAUAAGCCUGUCGGGAAAAUAAGGAGAAAUUACGGGUAUUGAUCGUGUUGCUGAAGUGAAAAAAAAAUUUUUUUUUGAUUUUUCCGCGACUCAAUUCAUUUUGUCGGCGGCGAUGCGAUUUUCGAUGCAACAAAGUGUCCACCAGAGAUUGCCACGGUCAAAAUUUUGGCUCCGGCUCUUAGCUCCCAGAGCCGGAGCCGAGGCCAAAUUUGCAGCUCCGGCUCCGGCUCCCGGCUCCCAUGAAAAAUUUAUAAAGGUCUCCUGCUCCGAAUCCCGGCACGUUUUUGCAGCAAAGUCGUAUGCAACACAUCCUUCCCAGUAUUUUUCAAGCAAUUUGGUUUAACGAGAUCAUGAAAUCUUUACUCUUCUGAAUGCUGGCAUGGACUUUGGGCUUGGGAGCCGGAGCCGCACCCAAAAUUUCCGGCUCCGGCUCUGGCUCCCGGCUCGGAGCCGCUCAGAACCGUAGCCACGAGCCGGCUCCGGAGCUGUGGCAAUCUCUGGUGCCCACUAUCUUCCCGACAGACUGAUAUUUGUAUUUUCAUAAAGUUUGUGGGCGUUGUUCGCGAAGCUUUUAACAUAGGGCAUCUCAUCUUUAGCAGUGCGCAUUCGAAGUUUCUCUGAAACAAAAGAUUUGUUCAACGAUACAGCUGCGGUUUUGUUGAAACGCCCGCAUGGACUUUUUUCAACUGCAGCGCAUUUGCAAGCGCUAACGGCUUUUUCUUUGAGGUUUUCACUGUGCAAAGACAGUGCAGUGCGUUAGCGACCAACAGGAGAAAAAGGCAAAAUCCGUGUAUCAAUCCGUCGGGAAAAUAAUGUGCUUUUUUCGUGGCUUAACAUUCUGAUCAACGCUUUUCCUGAUCGACGGCCAGCCGAGGCUGGGAAUUAAAUGCUCGAUUCAAGGCAAAAGAUUUUGCUCCAAAAAAUCCACAUUAUUUUCCCGACAGACUGCUACCGCACGCGCCAUAAAGUCCUGAUCAUUUGCACAGUGCAUUUUUUCUGAGAAUUUUUCGCACUUACCGUGGCGAUGCCCGUUUUUUAAACGUGCAUUUCAGCGUCGAAUCUCGAAAUCAACGAUAAAAUGGAAAAAAUUGGACUUUACUAUAAAAAAAAAGAAAAUUGCACUGUGCAUUGGCGACAAGCGUGAGAAAAAAUUCAAAAUGCACAGUGCAACAUAGGAGAAAAGUCCAUGCACUUUAUGAAAGUAAUCAUAUGUAUUAAUCCCAAUUUCAGAGUCACCGGCAACUUGGCUGGUCGCGUUACAGUCCUCGCACCUCUCGCUCUUGGCGGACAAUUUAUCGCUUCAGCUCAAGGUGUAAGUGACCAACUACAACUUCGGUAAAAGUUCCUUAUUCUGGCCACAACUUAUAACUUUGCGGAAACUGGUCGGAAUUAGCCCAAAUUUAGCGCGCACGCUCAAUUCAUGGUUGUCAAUGUCCGGACAGUGGAUUUAGUUAGUGAGGUACCUUCUUUUUUACGUACCACCUUACCCUGCAAAAACGGCUGCAGCCUGUGAUUUUACACUUUAUACGAUGAAACAUGUCCGGAACUAAACUUAUUACCUCUUUAUGGAACUAAAUGAGUCGUCAUUGCCUUCGUAGGUACCCUUAAAACUAUAGAGCUAUUACAAUAAUUCAGUGCCAGCUAGGUCGAAGCGUUUUUUCCUAACUUUAGUGCCCAAGCUUGGGCGCAGUUCGCGGAGUACCUUUGUUGUGGCCAAAAUAAGGAACUUUUUCCACAACUUCAUUUUUAUAUAUUAGUCUGUCGGGAAAUUAACGUGGAUUUGCCGCAGCAAAACUAGCCAUCGCAAAACGGUUAUGGGCUAUUCCAAGGCGCGACAAAUCCACAUUAUUUUUCCGACAGACUGAUAUGUACCACCAAAAUUUUACUAACCAAGAAUGAUCGUAUCUUACCAUUCCUAUGUGUAGUAUAACAUAUUUUUAGAUUUCAAUUUCCGUCGGUCUGACCGUUCAACGAUCCCCAACUGGAAGUUUGAGCAUUGGAAUCGGCUCUUGUCAUGCGACCGUCGGCUAUAUUAGCCUGCAAAUCGUGAAUGGAGGAAGUCUUGGGGCGUUGGCUAGCAACCCAACUUUCUCGGUGAGUUCGGAAGUACAGUGUUUGAAUGCACAGAUGAACAAUUUUUGAGUCGUACGGUGAAGCUUGAAGUCACCUAUAAGAUGUAUACGUACUGCCAUUUUGUCGGCAAAAUAAUGAGGACUCUGUCUCGUCGAAAAUCGCAUCGUCGCCGAGAAAGUGAAUUUUGUCGCGAAAAAACCAAAUUGCUUUUCACUUGAGCGAUUGAGCAGCGACAUUGCUCAUUAUUUUCCCGACUGACUGAUAAUUUUAAACAAUGUGUCCUUUUCGGGUCACCGACGGCUCGGAUCGAUUCUUGCCCUUCCGUAUUGUCGUCACUGAUUUUUGAAACUUUUACUGAUGUUUGAAACUUGCACUGUGCGAAAAAACGCUGUGCUUUCGGCGAGCGACACCCGAAAAAAGACUAUUGAACGGUGCAAAAAAACAAGAAAUUGCACAGUGCAAAGUGAACUUUCGUUUUCGUACAGUGCAUGUCGCCGAUUUCAGUCCGGCGACUUUCCGGAAGGACUAUAGUGGGUAACCUGAUCCAGCGGCGAAAAACGUGCCAUUUUGCAUCCGGGAAGUAUGAAAAAUGUGGCAAAAUGCUUCCCUCUCCAAGUGAAAAAAAACUUCGUUUUGAAGGGCGCGCCCUUUUUCCUCACAAAAAGAGCGGGGCGCUUUUGAAAUCUGAGUUGCUUCACUGGGAGAGGGAGGUAUUUUGCCACAUUUUUAGAUGCUUCCUAGGUGCAGAAUGGUACGUUUUUUGCCACUGGAUCAGGUUCCCUACUAUAAUUUCCAAGAAGUGUGUAGACUAUUUUUCGGCGACUUUUAAAUUUCACGGUACGGAAAAUUUGAGACGAAAAGUCUGCGGACUUUAUGGAACGAAUGUUAGAGGCAGUACGAGGCGUAAGGAGACUCAUAAAAGGUUCAAUUUUACAAAACAUCACAAAACAUUUCCAACAUUUUCAGGACAAAAUUUCCCGCGCCAUGAAGAAGAUUCUGCCUCCAAGAGUUUGCGCACAGCUCCCGCAGAUUCUCAACGAGCAAGUGAAUGGACGUCUGGCCGCAGUCCCCAUGAACUUGCCGCUAACUCAGAUCAUUGACGUCGCCGGUGGCGCGUUGAAGGGUUUGGUGGGUGGAGAUGGAGAAGGCAAACCCAAAGCUGAAUGCCCAGCGGAAUGCAAGGAAGGAGCUGACGCUGGAGUCAGCGGAAGCCAUGGAGAAGUGAGUUUUUUGGGGAGCUUUUGAAAAAAUGGGAAAACUGAGGGGAAUUGGGGUUUUUUCAUUGACAGGGGAAGUACUCCAAGUGCGACGCUCGGAUUUUCUUUAAAUUUUGCACACACGUCGGGAAUGGACUAACUAUCAAUUCCUAAAAGUUUUAGCUUGCGCUUUGCGGGCGUCGCCGAGAUAUCGAACGAUUUUUGCCGCCGAGAGAGCACGCUAAACGUGGAGAUCGGUCAGAGAAAAAACACCUUUUUGGCCAUAACUUUGGCAGUUUCGUGCGGAAAAAUUUGAUUUUUUGUGGAAACAUUAUCCUUUACGGUAGAAAUAAGCAUGAAACUUUUCGUGACGAAAUUCGGCAAAAAGUCCUAAAUUUUGGCCGACUUCCGAUCUAAAAAUCUUGGUUGUUUCUGCAAAGCGCGAUCUAGGAUUCUCGCAUAUAUCUUAGAAAAAAUUACUCUAAAUUCGUGCCAAGUUUCAUCAAAAUCUGAGCGUCGCACUUGGAGUACUUUUGGAAAAUGACAUUUUUUUAUUAUUUUGGAUUUUUUGUAGAAAAUUGGAGAUUUUUUUUCAUUUUUGAAUCAAAAAAUUUAAUUAUUUUUUUUAAAAGUUUUGCAAAAAAAUUUAUUAAAUUUCUUUUUUCCAACAAAAAAUCGGUGUUCAAGAACGGUGCAGAAGCGAUUAUGAAAAGCCAAAAGUUUUGUUAAAACGAGAUUUUUAAUUUUUUUGUUGUCACCCAAAAUUCGUCAAUUUUUUCCUAGAAAAAAUCGCUCAUCAAAACGUAUUGUAAAAACGAUUUUAAAAAACCUGAAAUCUUUUUUCAUGUAAAAAUCGCUUUUUAGAUGACCAAUCAACUCUCAAUUUCCUCUCCUCCAAGCGAUCCUCCACAAGGAAAGGGACAAAGCUAUGGAACGGUCCGUGGGGCCAGAACGCACAAAAAGAAGGUAGCACUGGUAGCUGGUCAGGUUGUGAUGGUAAGGAUUUUUAAAAUAUUUUUUUUUUUUGAUUUUAAUAUUAUUUUUUUAUUUUAAUUAAAAAAAUUUUUUUAAAAUAAUAAGAAAAUUUUUAAAAUUUUCUUUCUUUUUGAUUUUAAUUUUUCAUUUUUAAAUUUUUUAUAAAAAUAAAAAAAAUAUUAUUUUAAAAAAUUAUUUAAAAAAUAAUAAAAAAUAAAAAAAAUUUUUUUGUGUUUUUUAAAUUUUUUAUUAAAAACAUUUAUUUUUUAUAAUUAAAACAAUUCCAGAGAUCCCGAACCGCCAGAUCUACUCAAUCCCGGCCUCUUCGGCGAGCUUCGCCCCGAUCUCCCGUCCUUUCCCCCCAUAUUAUUCAAGCCGUCCGAACUGCAAAGCGCCAAGUUGAUUGUUCUCCAUGUAAUGGAGGAGGAGAUUCUGGAGGUGAUACUGCUUCAUUUUUGACCACUUUCACCAAGAGUUUGGACAUGGUGAGUUAAUUUUGGAAAAUUUGAAUAUUCAAAUUUUGGCGGAAAAAUUUAAAUACUCCAGUUACAAACAAAAAAGAAUCAAAAUGUAUUUUUUAGUUUUUAGUUUGAAUAUUCAAAUUUCAAAAAAUUAGAAAAUCGAAUAUGCAAAUUUUUGGAAAAAAAAGUUAUCUUAAAAAUUAGUGUCGUUUAGUCAGUAAAAUCCCGAAUUUUAAUCCUGUAAGCAUCAUAAUUCAAAGUUAAAAAUUCACUAAUUUGAAUAUGCUAAUUUUUCAAUUCAAAAUUUGCUCCCAAAAAUAUGCAAAUUUUUUAAUUCAAAAAUUUUUUGUCAAAUUUUAGUAUUCAAAUUUCCCAAAAAAAAGACCAUUUUCAAAUUUCAGUCCAAACUCAACGACCUCCAACUCUCAUUGGCCCUCCAAAACACCUACGCCACCACCCAAGACUUCACCGUUGACUUGGCCGGGGAAUUCAGUCCAAAUGGCGCCGGAGGAACUCCAUUCUCCCCGUUCCCACUCAACUUCCCAGCCCCACAAGGAGCGCCGAGAAUGGCCGAAGGGCUGAUCAGUGACUACACGAUCAACUCGUUGCUCUAUUGGCUUCAUCAAAAGGGAUUCAUCAACAUCAAAGUUGGUAAGGAAAUUUAGAGGAGAGUAGUGCUUCUGCAACACCCAGGUUUUGAUGAAAUUUGGAGAAAGUUUAAAAUAACUUAUUCUAAGACAUAUGCAGGAUUUCUAGGCCGCGCUUUGCAGAAACGUCGAAGAUUUUUUGAUCGAAAACUGGCAAAAAUUUGACAUUUUUUUGCGAAUUUUGCUGCGAAAAGUGCUUGCAAAUGGCUAACAGGGUAAAACCCUUAAGUGCGACGCUCAGAUUUUCUGUUGAUUUUGCUCUCACAUCGGGCAUAGGCCACAUAUCAAUCCCUGAAAGUUUUAACUCGCGCUUUGCUUGGGCAGCCGAGAUGUUUAGCGAUCUUUGCAGCAGACGCGGAGAGCGGCUAGAGAUAAGGACACCCUUCGGCUAUAUCUCUGCCAGUUUCGUGCGGAAAAAAUUGAUGUUUUGUGCAAAGAUCACCCUUUACGUUUGCAGUAGGCAAAAAAGAAUGUUUAUGCCAAAGUUUGCAAAAAAGGUGCCACGUUUUGAGUAAAAAUCUCGGUCGUUUAUGCAAAGCGCGAGCUCGAGGUCUGCCAUGUGUGUUUGAAAAAAUUAUGCUAAAUUUAUACCAAGUGUCAUCAAAAUCUAUGUGUCGAAGUUGGAGUACUGUACUUCCAUUGCAAAUUAGGCGGGCGCACACUUGCGGGCAACCACUUUGCGGGCAACCAGUUUGCGGGCAAAUUUUUUGCGGGCAGCCACUUUGCGGGCAGCCGACAUUUGCGGCCAGCACCGGCAUUUGCGGGCAGCCUGGGACAUUUGCGGGCAGGGUCGACAGUUGCGGGCAGCCUGGAAGAUUUGCGGGCAGCCGACAUUUGCGGGCAACCGACACCUGAUUGUGAGGGUAACAGGGUGGACGUGGAAAAAUUACUAUGAUAUGUUGGAAAGUUGCCGACAUUUGCGGACAGCCGACAUUUGCGGGCAACCGGCACUUGAGGAUUACAAGGUGGAGGUGGAAAAAUUACUUCGAUAUUUUGGAAGCUUUCCGACAUUUGCGGGCAGGCAAUACUUGCGGGAAGCCGACAUUUGCGGGCAACAGUUCCAAAAGUUGCUAUACAGUCUGUGUGAUUGUUUUUUCCGGUUGCCCGCAAAUGUCGGCUGCCCGCAAGUGUCGCCUGCCCGCAAAUGUCGGCAAAUUUCCAAAAUAUCGCAGUAAUAUUUCCACCUCUACCCUGUAACCCUCAGGUGCCGGUUGCCCGCAAAUGUCGGCUGCCCGCAAGUGUCCCAGGCUGCCCGCAAGUGUCUCAGCUGCCCGCAAAUGUUUCAGCUGCCCGCAAAUGUGACCCCCCAAAUUUUGCCCGCAAAAAAUUUGCCCGCAAACUGGUUGCCCGCAAAGUGGUUGCCCGCAAGUGUCGCGACGCCCAAAUUAUUUUAUUUCAAAUUUUUGCUCGUUCAAUUUCUUGGCCAAACUUACCCUCUCCUUUUCCAGGUCCGGACACCCCCAAAAUCGGCGACAUCCUCAAGACCACCUGUUCCGACGACGAAGACGAAGGUCUCGAGGAUCACGGCGUGGAACUCGACGACGGCACCGGUACCAGCGACAUUGCGCUGCGCAAACGAAUCCGCGCCAAGCGCCAGGACGAGGAGGGCGGCGACGGCGGCAGUCUGGCCGAUCUGGGCAUUUGUGUCGGCGACAUUUUGCCCGCCAUCCGUGAAAAGCACCCCAACCAGAAGUUGGAGAUCCUGGUCAAGAGCAGCCAAGCCCCGUCGGUCGUGUUGAGCGAGGGGAAAGCGCAUGUUACGCUGAACAUUGACGCCGAGUUGUAUAUCCAGUCAUCGCAGGAGAAGGUGGGAACAAUCGCGGCGGAGAUUGUGGCGGAUAUUGAGGCUUCGACUAAUGGUGAGUGGAUGAGAUUUUUUAUUUUUGUUAUGUACUAUCAGUUUGUCGGGAAAAAAAUGAGCACUCUGUCGCAUCGAAAAUCUCAUCGCCGCCGAAAAAAUGAAUUGUGUCGCGGAGAAAAUCAAAAAGCUUUUCACUUCAGCGACGCAAUCAGCGCAGCGAAAAUGUGGUCAUUAUUUUCCCGACAGAUUGAUACUAUUUUUAUAAAGUGCGGAGAUUUUUCGUCGCGAGGCAAAAUGCACGAUGCGAACCCCAAAUUGCACCGUGCAUCCAAAUAUCAAUCAGUCGGGAAAAUAAUGUGGAUUUUCAACAGCUACGGGAGUGGUUGACCAAAAACUUCCAUCGCGUGACAUAUCAGUCUGUCGAGAAAAUAAUGUGGAUUUGUCGCAGCUAAACGUCCCGCCUUAGUCGCUCAUCAAAUCCAGCCUAUUCUAAGUCACAACGAAUCCACAUUAUUUUCCCGACCGACCGCUAAUGUAGUCAAGGUGCUUUAUGAAAAUAUUAUAGAGAUUUUUUCUCUUAUUAUCAGUCUGUCGGGAAAAUAAUGAGCACUCUGUCGCAUCAAUCCCCGGUGAAAAAAUUAAUUGUGUGGCGGAGGAAAUCAAAUUGCUUUUCACUUCAGCGACGCGAUUGGCGCGGUGACAAAACACUUUGCUCAUUAUUUUCCCGACAGACUGAUAUAUACAUACGUAUGAAUCGAUAGUCAUUUCAAGCUUAUGUACUUGGAAUUACAUAGUCACUAUAAUUAGGCACAAACAACCGACCGUUUCACUGUCGAUUUAUUAUUCAUGUUAGCUUUAAACUGUAAAAAAACAUAAUCGAAUGAGAUGUUACCUAGGACACUAAAAUGUUACCUAAAACCCUAAACCUAAAUUCUCGAAAAUUCCAGCCGGAAAGCUCUCCGGAACCGCGACAAUCGGAACUCUCAGUCUGAAGGACAAGGAGGGAACUCUUGGCCUGCCUCAAGACGCCCUUGACAACUUGGCUGGACUUGGCAAGGACUUCGCUGAAAAGGCGAUCAACGACGCCCUCAGCAAGGGCAUCUCGCUGGACAUGCCGGCAGGCAUUGGUGGGCUGCCGGUCAGCUUCUCCAACCCCGACUUCCGCAUCGUCGACCACGCGCUGUACGUGGCGGCGGAUCUGAGCGUGGAUCCGGUGGGAUUGGCGCCGCUGCUGGCGUCGCAAGGCCUCAACUUGACGCCCGAUCAGUGCUCCACUCGAGGCGGAUAG